UAUCCAUGUUGCUAUCAAAUAAGUUGGUUUAAUGAUAAAUUAAUUACAUAUUGAUAAACAAUUGAAGACAGUUGUUUUUGAUUGCGAUCAUAAUCUUCUUGUGACUUUGUAAGAAGCUAUGAAGAUGUUCACACUUAUUCUAGCGGCCUGUUUGGGGCUGGCAACAACUUUACCUGUGGAUAAUGUUUCAGAUAAUACAGGUGUGGCUGGUGUGGCUACACGCAACUCUUUCUUCGAGCAAUUGUUUCUGGAGAUCCUUGAGGACUUGAGAGAGACCAUGGUUACUGGUUCCGAGGAUAUUCCUGUGCUGGAUCCCCUCCAAAUAGAACAUCUGCAUCUCGACCUCGACGACUUGGGCUUGGAAAAUGCCCAUAUAACUCUUGAUAACGUGGAAGCCAGGAAGCUCAGUACCUUCGUGGUCGACAAUCUGUCCAUUACUGCAACUUCAAUUAUCCUGCAGCGCUAUGCCAUCGAACUUGAUUUAUAUAUUCCUGUGAUAGAAGUGGAUUCUGAGGGCUACGAUUUAUUUGUAAACGUGAUGGGUGGAAAUAUCUUCGGAACUGGCGACGCUAAACUAAGAAUAAUAGAGCCAAGGAUCGUUGCCAGUUUGGAGGCGGGACUUAGUAUUUCUGGUGGAAUAUCCAUCAACAUCCGCAGCGCCCGCGUAUUCUUCACACUUGGAGCUUUCCGGCCUGAAAUAAAUGGCAUGUUCGGCAACCCUAUGGUCGAUGACUUCGUGAAUUCAUUCCUGGGCCAUUUAAUAGAAGAUUUAGUAAAUAGCUUCCAGGAUGAGAUUUCUGACUUCCUCAGCGGCUUGGUGAUGGAAGUCGGCAAUGAUAUAAUUGGUGGUAUUCUUCCCGGCCUCAUUGCUCAUGAUGAAGAACUAACCAGGAAGGUACAGCUCCUACAGGCUUCAGAACCUCAUGGCUUGACACUCGGUUCGGAUUGAAAAUAAAUCUGAGUUUCUUUAAUGAAAUAACGUAAUGAUUUCUGGAAUAAAGCUUGUUGCAGUUGAAAUAGCGAUUACGUUUAAGAAUGAAACAGUUUCAAAUUAAAUGUUUAUAUACCAAUCGUA